GAUUCCAAUACACUAGACAACUUUGAAGACACUAGGUAACAGCAGUCUUUUCCAAAGAAAUAAGACCUCCAAGGACGAAGCAUCAGAAUGCUUCAAGUAACUGGGGAAAAUGAGAAGAAUCUUGAAGUUUCAGAAAGUGUCAGGCGGCCUGGACUCCGGAAAGAGAUUUCUUUUGGGGAUUACAUUUGUCACACAUUUCAGGGAGAUUGCUGGGCUGAUCGAUCCCCACUUCAUGAAGCCGCGGCCCAGGGGCGCUUACUGGCCCUUAAAACUUUAAUUGCACAAGGUGUCAAUGUGAACCUUGUGACAAUUAACCGAGUCUCUUCUCUCCACGAGGCGUGCCUUGGAGGUCACGUGGCCUGUGCUAAAGCCUUAUUGGAAAAUGGUGCCCAUGUCAAUGGAGUGACGGUUCAUGGAGCCACGCCCCUCUUCAAUGCUUGCUGUAGUGGCAGUGCUGCAUGUGUCAAUGUGCUGCUGGAGUUUGGAGCCAAGGCCCAGCUCGAGGCACACCUGGCUUCACCCAUCCAUGAGGCAGUGAAGAGAGGUCAUAGAGAGUGCAUGGAGAUUCUGCUCGCAAAUAAUGUUAACAUUGACCAAGAAGUGCCUCAGCUCGGAACUCCCCUGUAUGUGGCCUGCACCUUCCAGAGGGUAGACUGUGUGAAGAAACUUCUAGAAUUAGGAGCGAGUGUUGACCAUGGCCAAUGGCUGGACACUCCUCUCCAUGCCGCCGCGAGGCAGUCCAGUGUGGAAGUCAUCCACCUACUAACAGACUAUGGGGCAAACCUGAAGUGCAGAAACGCUCAGGGCAAAAGUGCACUUGAUCUGGCAGCUCCAAAAAGCAGCGUGGAGCAGGCGCUCCUGCUCCGUGAAGGCCCGUCUGCUCUUUCCCAGCUCUGCCGCCUGUGUGUCCGGAAGUGCUUGGGGCGAGCAUGUCAUCAAACCAUCCACAAACUACAUCUGCCGGAGCCACUAGAAAGAUUCCUCCUAUACCAGUAGUCCCAACUGUCCAAGGGAAGAUACUUGGAAAGAAACAGGUUGUUGCCUGCUGUACCCAGAGUACCUAGUGUAGACGCCUGACAGCUAGACUCUCAGUCACUUCAAAUGAGCUAAGCCAGUUAGAGUAAAGCCCUGAUGAACUGGAACACUUGGGGAGUGGAAACUCCUGGUUAGUUUGAUAUUCCUAUUAAGCAAGGGGCAACCAGAAACCUUUUCGUUUUUAGCUCUUGUUGUUAAGAAACUUUAAAAGACUGUGAAGUAGAGUGAAAAUAAUAAGCUAUUUUUGAAGAGUCAUGAUCUUCAAUUAUGUAAGGGUCAACAUUAUGAAUAUCGUGCAGACACAUGUAAAUCUGGGUGAAUAAGAUGGUGAGGAAUGUAAGUAUUCCAAGAUGUGUUCCUGUUUUAGUUCCUCCCUCCUUCCCUCUUCUUUUCUUUCCUUCCGUGAAUAAAUCUCUGCAAUAAUUUUGA